CCAACCCUUACUAAACACUGACCCUGGCUUCCCAGUUGCUAUAGCUCUGACGUCAGGACGUUCCUGGGCACGUUUGGGAAGCGUAGAAAAUAAACAAAAGACGAAAAGAGAGAGGUACACAUUUUACUUGGCAAAACUAGCUUUGCAUCUACGCAUUAUCGUUUACAGCAGGGGCUGUCAUAGCCAUGGAAAACACAUUAUCGGUACGAGUGAGUGUAUUUUCAGACCAGGGAGGUAGGAAAUAUAUGGAAGAUGUUACCGAGGUUGUAGUAGAGCAAGAGCCCAGUGACGAGGAGCUUGAUCCGGUCGGAACCGCGGAGACAAAACUGGACAUCUGUGACUAUGCCAACUACACGCCAGAAAACAGGCUAGAAAAUCGGACUCCGAUAAAUGUUACUAGUUGUCCUUUGCCCGCCACUAUUUCAUGGAUGCAAACGGAAGAACACAAAAGUGGUUGCAUUGUUGCAGCAGAACCGGUGCUGGAUGUCAAGACUCGACCUCGGAGAUCUGUGGCUUUCUUCGCCGUGUUUGAUGGCCACGGGGGCCGAGAAGCGGCGCUUUUCGCUAGGGAUCAUCUGUGGGAGUUCAUUAAGAAACAACGUGGGUUUUGGUCCAAGGAUUACGAUGAAGUAUGCGCAGCAAUCCGCAAAGGAUUCGUUGCUUGCCACCAUGCAAUGUGGAAAAAGCUGCCUGAGUGGCCCAAGACCCUCAUGGGCCUCCCCAGCACCUCGGGCACCACGGCCAGCGUGGUGGUGAUCCGGGGGGACUGCAUGUUCGUGGCCCACGUUGGGGACUCCGCGGUGGUGCUCGGGGUGCGGGACCCUCCCACCGAGCGGUCCGUCCAGGCCGUGGAGGUCACGCAGGACCACAAGCCUGAGCUCCCCCAGGAGAGGCAUCGCAUCGAGGGCCUGGGGGGCAGUGUGAUGAAGAAAUCGGGAGUGAACCGUGUGGUGUGGAAGAGACCCAGGCUGACUCACAAUGGCCCAGUCAGGAGGAGCACCGUCAUCGACCAGAUCCCCUUCCUGGCCGUGGCUCGAGCGCUAGGUGACCUGUGGAGCUAUGACUUCUACAGUGGGGAGUUUGUUGUGUCUCCAGUGCCGGACACCAGCGUGGUCAGACUGGACCCCAGAAGGCACCGCUACAUAAUCCUGGGCAGCGACGGGCUGUGGAACAUGGUGUCGCCGCAGGACGCCGUGAGCCUGUGCCAGGACCACGACGAAGCCUUGGCGCCCUUCGGCGUGUCCAGCGCCUGCCACCUGGUGACCCACGCGCUCCUGCGGUGGCGCCAGCGCAUGCUCCGGGCGGACAACACCAGCGUCAUCGUCGUCUCGCUGCAGCAGGCCGGGGGGCCGGCGGUACCCCUGCACCGCGAGGAGGUGAUGUUCAACCUGGCCGAGGGGCCCCAGUACGGCGCGGACAGCGGAUCGCGUUCAAGCACUCCGAUCAUUGAGCAGACGCCGGACCUGGAGGUGCCCUCGCCCGCGUGCGAGCUGCUCCCUGCCCUGCGGCGGCAUGACUGCCUCUUUGGGCCCGGCUCGUACGACCUCUCCGACCCCGCCGCCGACAGAGGCACUCAGCUGGGCGCCGGCGCGCCCCUGCCCCGCUGCAAACGGACCCCGGAGGCCCCACAGAGCCCCGGCGGCCCGGCCGGAAAGAGGCCCCGCCGCGGCCUCCCCUCCCCGGCCGCGCCCCGCCGCAGGAACGCCGAGCGGCUGUCGGCGCGCCGCGGCGGAAAGGGCCACGAGCCGAACCGCGACGUCCCCGCCCUCCUGCAGCAGCACAGGAAAGCUACCGUGUGCGUGUGCUAGCGGCUCCCCCCUCUCUCUCCACGCUGUGGAUAUGGCCGCCGUUCUUCUCUUCCCGCGCCACCAGGGGGCGCUCGAGGGCACGGCCAUUUCGUGGUCGCAAGCUAGAAUUUUGAACAUUGUAACAUCCAGAAUGCGUUUAAAAUAUGUUGCCUAAUGGUGCACCACUGUUUUGCAAUUGUUGUCUUUAUACCUUUGUAAGGAAAUGUCAUCAUGUUUGAUUUUUUUUUAAUGUAAAAAAAAGUGGGAAUCGUGAGUUUAAGUCUACAGUCCUGGCAGAUUACUCGUUGUUUACAUUGUUAAUUUCGCUUAAACUGUGGGUAUUAAGUCUUUUAACUAUUGUUUCUUUAUUCCUCUGAGUGAAAAUUAAAUAAUGGCCAAUUUUACACCAGCAUGUAAAUAUUCGUUCAUACAAAAGGAUAAUCCAUGUAUUAGAAAAUAUCCAAGCUAUACACCGAAUCAGCAAUAUAUUUUUAUACAUUUAUAUAUUUUAAUAUUUCAAAAGUCUAAAGGAUGCAACCAAUUCAAAUCUUGAUGGUUUUCAGCCAGUGGAUUUUGAUUGUCUCUCUCUGACUGUCCAUUAAUAAGUGAUCCUAGAACUGCACAAUUUCUAUAUUAUGUAUACUGUCAUAAUUUUCUAAUGUAUUUUUUUUUUUUUUUUUUGCCAUGGAGUUAGAUGGUACAUCCAUCCUCUACUGAAGGUGCUGCUUUUUAAUCAGUGGAAAUAAGUGAUACGUGUUGAAAUGCCACAUAUAGGUGAUGAUUGUGUGGUCACAAAGGACACAAAGCCUUGUGUGUGGUCUAAGAUGAGAGUGUGUGUUUACUUUUGCUCAAGAGUAUUUGUCAAGUCAACUGCCAUAAAAGCCACUGCUUAUCAUAUGAAGAAGAGGACAAUGGCUGUCAUUUGGAAUCUUCCACCCAUUUCCAACAAAAUACUCAGCCCUGGAAAAAAGGACGACUGGCCAGAACCUGGCAGUACAGGGUUGGGUGUAGUAGUGUGCAGGUUAAAUUGAGCCUCUGAGAAAGUUCUGCACAUUCCUCGGUGUUGUGAAUGCCCCUCUUCACGCUGAUAAACAAGCAGAGACAUUCAUUCGCAGUUCCUUGCGUUGUCCUCACACAGGGGGAGCUGGUACUCUGGAGUCAAUGUCUUCCUCACUUCUCUUGCUGUUUCUGUACCGUCAACCAGCAAGAAGCUUGUUCAGUCCCCAGUGGAGAAAUCGGGGGACUAUGAUGGAUGGAAGGUUCUGGAGAUGGAUGGAAGGUUGCGGGCACAGUGUUGGGUGGAAAGCACGGUUCUGACAUCCCAUUGUGUUAGCAAUUUCAUUUUUCAGAAAGUGCGUUUGGAAUGGAUGCGUCCAAGGACGAGAAGGGAAAGGUCUGAUGUAGUUUGUACAUUAGAUGUAGGUGUGACCCAGCCUGUUUGCCUGAAUUUGCCAACCAUGUUGACUAGAUAGGCAAUUCAAUUAAAUAGCUUCUGGAGCGCUGACAUUUCGAUAUCUUGAACAGGCUGCUCUCAGAAUUCCAUUCUUAAAUGCAAAAAUUGUGGUCUUAUUUCCUGCUCCACAGGCUUGUUAACUGUAAGGUCUUAAUUAUGUGGAAGAUCAGUCUGUUCCAGUGCAUAUAGGAAUGUAAUCAUAAAUGCAUCUCAUGUGGAUAUGUGUUUAGUGAUGCUUGCAUCUGAAAACUGUAAGCAAUACAGUAUAAGAAUGUGAAUGUGCCUCUUCAUGAACUGGUGUUUUGGAUCAUUUAAAUUGGUAAAAAUAUGCAUUUUCCUUUAAGUUAUCUAGACAAAUGCAUGUUAUAAUAUUUAUCUGUCACUUGUUAAAUGUUUUAUUACGAAAACAGGUGUCUGGUUUUUUAAGACCAAAGUGCAAUUUGACAGUUGUAUUUUUCGUUUGUUUCUUUCAUUUAUUAAUAUUUUGUGAAAAAAGUGUGAAAAAGAAAUGACAGGUUUCGUAUUUCAGGGAUUUUCAGCAUGCACAAUCUUGUUUAUUUGUUUUGAGAAGGUUGUUUUAGUAGUUCUAGAGGUUAUGCGACAGUUAUAGGCACAAUUGUGAAUUUGUGAUAUUCUCGCCAUUGUGACCCAACAUUUGCUGUACGUACCAAUAAUUUGUGCUUGUGUACAGUCUCAAUGUUGAAAAUCAUCACAUGCUCCGAAUUGUACUGGAUGUCAGUAUGUUCAAUAAACAGGUGUUUUCUCUGCUCA